UGCACGGUGCAACAGCAGCAGCAGCAGGAGCACGAGCCGGAGCCGACACCAGUCUGCAGUAGCUGCAGUCUCCUGGGUCAUUAACCUGUCGCAUGUGGGAUAACUGAAAAUAGACGGAUAUCUGCUUUUGUGGGAAUUAGAAGAGCGGAGACGACUCAGUUGUGAUUUUUUUGUAUGUGUCUUUUUUUCUCUUUUUCUGAAAGCUUUUGUGUUGCCAGGGAAGAGAAAGUCCGAGCAGCCAUGAUGGUUCAUCCAGUAUCUACAACAUCACUCAACAGCCACUUCUGACCAAACCUGAUUUAGCAAACCAAAGAUGUCAGCGUGCAGUGACUUUGCAGAACACGUGUGGAAACCCGGCUCUUGUAAGAACUGCUUCCACCCGUUCAGUGCGCACCCCAAGGCAGUCAGUGGCCUGGAAGUUAAUGUGCCAGCUACUUGUUUGAAGAGCAUCCCAGGAGGCGAUGAAGACGCUGGAGUAACAUCGCCUUCGCCCUACAGCAAGCCAACCAUAGCUGUCAAACCUACUAUGAUGAGCCUUGACACCAGCGAGUCGAUGACAGACAUCAACAUGAACAUAGAGCAGGAGAACACAAAGAGCCCAGUUGAGCGGUUGGGCCUGAAGACUCUAUUGGAUCUGUCUUCUCUUUACAUUGACAGUAAUGGCUGCAACAAGGUCCACAGAGAUGCGGUUCUGCAGAGUCCUGAAGCCAAAAUGGACUACAACAACUGCUUCUCUCUGGCGUCCUUAUCCCCCAACAUCUUGCCAAAAGACUCCAUGAUCAUCAGCAACAUUUUCGUUUCCCAGGAGGAGGGUAAAGGUCCGCAGAGUAUAAAGAAGAACGCAAAUGGAGACACCUGCAGGCAGCAGAAUACAUCCACUACUAGAACCAAGAGCACUUAUAAUGGAAUUGGUGGGAAUACUAGAGCAAAUUGUCAGGAAUCCCAUCAGGCAUCUGUGGAGAUACCUUUUUCUGUGGAUAUUGCCCCUUCCAGUCCAGCUCAUAGCAAUGGUAUCAGCAGUGCUGCUACUGGUACAACCAAGACCUCCAGCACUUCAACCACUUCCCCAACCACAGCUAGUAACAGCCAUAAUCCCCCACCGCCCCUUCACUCUCCUCCCGUCCUGACCGAACAGACCAGCUUUUCGGACUCCUCUUGUUCUUAUCGUAGCAGUAUAGAUUCACUUCCAGGGACAGAUGGGUCAGGAGCAAGACAAGUUAGGUCAGGGAGCCCCCAAAGCCCACCAACUAUGGGUAGCCCAAAGUCAGCUCCCAACUCUCCUAAUGGACAGCCAGACUCAGAGCCCAUUUAUGCAGAAAGCACCAAGAAAAAGCGCAGGCCACAAGGGGAUGGGGUGCAAUCCAAUCCCGUAUCCCCAAACCAGACUAAGAACUCACCCAAGGGCUCUGAGCCCUCUGGAGAGGGUCAUCGGGCCACCAUCACUGUAAUGGCAACUCACACAGAGGAGAACAACCGGACUUUCUACCUGAGCAGUCCAGAUUCAGCCAUCGGCACCCAAUGCCACUUCAGCCCAACAGCACGUAAAGACCCCAGCAGCCCGGCCUUCCGCUGGCCCAGCCCGAGCCACAGCGCUCCCUCUUUGGUCACAGAAGCGAGUCUUACCCCAGCUCUGCAUCCCAAGCCUCAGUCUAGCCCACCUAUUCCCCCAAAAAGGACCAGCCGUUCCCCCAAACUGGGCACCUCUAGCCUCUCACCGUCCAUCUCGUCCCCAGUCCCUCUUCCUGAUCUCCCCAGACUGGGCACCUCAAGCCUCUCACCAUCCAUUUCGUCCCCUGUCCCUCUGCCGGAACUCCCCAUGCUUUUCCUUGUCUCUGCCAGAGAGGGCCACUUCAAAGUCCAUGCAGAGAGCCACAGCACAUCGGUGUCCGAACGCUGGCACAAGCCCCACCACCACAGCUCUGGCUGGAACUGUCGCAUCGAGGAAGAAGAGGAGGAGGAGGAUAGAGAGCGGAAAGAGGAGGAGAAGAAGAAGUUGGCCGCCAACCCAGGGACAACCUCUCUGGUGCCAGGCCUGGUCAAUGGUGCCGCUGUCUGGAAGGGGGCCAAGGACCGAAAGGCCCACAGCAGCCCCCCUCCAAUGACAGAGCCAGGCACGGCCCCCCCGGCUGCCCCCAACAAUGGUGCCUGUCAGGGGGAGACUGAGGGCACCGGUGCAGAGGAGGAGGGCAAGCAGAACGGGAGCAUGCCGUCCAAGCAACUGUUGCAUGGCGGCUCAUCAGAGCUGCUGGCAGCGGGAAAGGGAGCUGCCAACAAUGAGCCCAAUCCGCCACCUCCCCCACCGAAGAAACUGCACAGAGUGUGUGGUAAGAUGAGUGGCAGCAACAUGGAGCUGGAUCGCUGCAGCCAACAAGGGUCAGUAGAGAGCCCUACUUCAACUCUACGAGGCCUGGGCAGCUCCAGCCUACCCACUGCCUCCACUGACAACCUGACUGCCGACACUGGUUCUCGGGAUGCAACACGAAUGUCUUGUUCCUCUCCAUUUUCCAGAAGUCCACUGGCCUCAGCUCCAGGGUCUCCUCACCCGCCUUCUCUUGACAGCUUAAGUAACCAACCACCUCCACUCCCAGAGAAAAAAAUGGUUAACCGCACCGUGUCAGCGCCUGACAGCACGAAUGGACGAUCCUUUGUCCGAGCCUACCCACGCCUCCCGUUCACUGGCUCGGAGACCAACGUGUGUCGACCUGCUGAUGUUAGCUCCCGGUGUAGUUUACCAUCCAGCCCUGUUGACCCGCGCCCCAUUUUCUCCUCCAAUGAGUCUCUGGAGCGUUGCCAUGCCCAGCUAAGCCGUCCCUCAAGGUCCCGUACACUGGAUGAGCCACUGAAGACCCACGGGCGUCUGGGUGUCCACUGCCGAAGCAGCGUCACCUGCUCCUCUUCCCCCCAACUCAGCGUGCCCUUCUCAGCCUCAGAACCAGGCUGUGCACCAAAUCUGGGCUCCAGCCUGCAGCUCCAGACCCUUCUAAGUAACAUAGACAGUAGGGAGGGAGUGUACUCCAAACUGGGAGGCCUAUAUGCUGAGUCUUUACGGCGCUUGGCUCUAAAAUGUGAGGAUCACUUCACUCACUCCCAGCGGAACCCACUGAGGUUUGAGGAGAGCAACUGGUCUCUGUUCAGGCUUACCUCAAACAAGCCGAGCUGCAACUCAGGAGAUGCUGUGUACUACUCUGCUGCCUGCGCCUCAGACCCUAGCAACGCCUACGCUGUAAAGAUCUGCAAGAGUCCAUCCAUGGAGGCCAAACAGGGGCAUCUCUACGGUCUGUCGGUGCAGCAGAGCAUGCCUCCCCACUUCAACCUCCAGCAGGACUGUGGACACUUCCUUGCUUGUGUCCCCCAGAGCAUGUUGCCUUCGGACGAAGUCUCUCUUCCCACCACACCUGCUUCAUCACUACCCCAGCCCUCCACAUCUGCGCCUGGUCAGCAGGUGGAACGAGAGCGAGUUGUGGUCAUCACCUCUGAGAUCCCUCAGCAGACGGCGGCUGACUUCGUUCGGGAGUGGGCAGCAUUCCAUAAAUCUCAGCCAGAAGUGUAUGAGCGCCGUGUGUGCUUCCUCCUCCUGCAGCUCUGCCAUGGCCUGGAACACUUGAAGGAGCACGGUGUCACCCACCGCGACCUCUGCCUGGAAAACCUGCUGUUGGUGCCUCAUCUGCGCAGGCCCUCCCAGUUCCCCCAACAGACCACCACUGACACAGGCACCACUAACAGUUCAAGUGGUGCGGACAGUCAGCGUCUUCCGCGGCUCCUCAUCAGCAACUUCGCAAAGGCCAAGCGUCGUUCCUCUGAGGAUGCCACAUCAACCAGUGUGGACCCUCGCAUCAAACGUGACCAUGCCAGAUUAGCACCUGAGAUCGUCUCUGCAGCCCAGUAUCGUAAAUUUGACGAGUUUCAGACAGGCAUCUUGAUCUACGAGCUCCUCCAUCAACCGAACCCAUUCGAGGUGAGCCCAGCUCUUAAGGAGCAAGACUACCGCUGUGAGGAGCUGCCUCCAAUCCCCACAGUCUCCCUUUACUCUGCCGGCCUCCAGCGGCUGGCUCAGCUCCUGCUCCAACCUGACCCCAUCAAACGAAUCCAUAUCCAGGAGGCCAAGCGCAUACUGCAGAGCCUUCUCUGGGGCCCCAGGAGGGACCUGAUGGAGCAGCAGUGGGAGAGACACGGACAGGGGGUUGGCUUUGUUGAUGGAUCCCGACACGAGGGCCUCCUGAAUUGGCUGGAUGUGAAACGGGCACUGCUGAUGAUGAAGUUCGCUGAGCGUUCACUGGAGCCUGAGAGGAACGCAGAGCUUGAGGACUGGUUGUGCUGUCAGUACUUUUCCUCCGCUCACCCUCUGUCUCUCUGCCAUACUGCUGAACUGCUAUACUCACUAAAGUGAUGCCUCACUUUGGGGUUAAAUAUCUGCAGGUGGAGACAAAUUAACAUGUGAAUGCAAAAGACCACCAAUGUCAAGACACUAUGGAUGGGAGAUACUGUGAACAUACCCACCUGUUUGCGCUCCUGUUGUAUUCAUGAGAGCCAUGCAACAACGUAACCGUCCACUAUCCUUUACACAAACUUUAUCCUGCUACGGACUUAGCGAAGAAAUGACAUAAAAAGUUUUUCUUGUAGUUCUUGUAGCAGUCACAGACAUAAUGGACAUAAUCACUAAAACAUUCACUUACCAACUAAAAUCAUUUUGAGCCAGUGAUGCAGAUCUGUAAAAACAAGAUAAAAAAGGAAGAAAAUAGUCACUGUUCAUAAUCCUAUAAUACACUUACCAAAGUUUCAUGUUUGACACUGUAUUGUGUGUAUUUAUUAAACAUCAACUACGCACUGAGAACAGGCUUAUAAUUCAUAGCAUUAUUCUAGCCAGCUGUCAGCCAGCUUUGCAAAUUCAUGUUGAAUCUAGGUAAAUGUGCAGCUAACUUUUUCAUUUAAUAGAAACAUAUGGUCACUAGCAGGCUUACACUGUAUGCACCUUUUUUGUUUAUUCAUGGGCAUAAAGUGCUAUAUUUUACACUGUGUAAACAACAACUUCUCUUUAACCAAAUCAACAGGAAGUUGCGGAGAAAUGCCUAUUUUCCAGUGAAUACUGUUGUAUUAGUUGCACAAUCCUUGUUAGACAGCAUUGCAUAAUAGAGAUUUAGCAUGAAUUAAUCAUAAGCCCUGCUGUCUAACAUCGCAUUAUUAAUUGGCUUAUCAAAACAAUUGGCAAUGUUAGAGAUUGCUUCUACUGAAUGGAUGCCCAGUUUUUUCCCACGCCUACUUUUAGUAUGUAUUUAAAAGUUAUGACAUUUGUCACAGUGCCUUUUGUUCUAUGUAUGUUACAGUGACUCAGAAGCCAAAUGUAAAUAUUACUGAUCAUUCGUCCCUUGUGAAACUGGCCUUUCACAGAAUGUUCUAGGAACAACUGUACAGUAAUUUGUAGAUGAUAUUAAAUAGAAUGAGCCCAAGCAGGUCUUAAAAAGCCAUGAAUACAAGCAGCAGUUAAUAUUUAUGAUAUGUUAUUCUGUAGUAGUCACUGGAAUUACUCUGUGUAUUUUCAUAUGUGCAUAUUGCGUUAUUUCUUUCACAGGCACAGCAAAAGCGCUGGAGGGGAGGUCAUGCCUCUUGCAUCCCAUUUAGGUGGCAGAUGGUGGUUGAGUUCUGGGAUAUUUCAUCUCAAACAAAGAAUUUUCUAACAAAGUUAAGGUUUUAAUAGCCUGAUCCAGGUGACUGAUGUUUCUAAUACUGCAGAAAAAUCAGAUCUUGCAAUUAGUUCAUGAUUGAUUUUUUUUUGUGUGUGUGUUUGCCUCACCUAUUUGCAUCUAUCAAUAAACUGUGCAUAUAUUUUCUCACA